UUUACUUUAUUUCUCUGUUAGUAUGUCGAUUUCAUAUCGUUGUGGUUUUUGUAGCUAUUUUCAGCGUUGUCUUGUUACACUUCCAGCGUUUAUUUAUCUGUGCAGGCGGGAUAAUUGUGAAAAAAGAAAACAAAAAAAGAAACCACCUAGUUAGCUAACUGGCUAACGUGAAGCUACUAUAUUGCGGAUUUGUUUUCUAGCUGAUAAAGUAUUUUCCAUUCCAGUACACAUUAUUGAUAUGUAGGCGUAAACACCUGUAUACAACAAGCUGAUAUUGUCGCUAGUUUGUUUCUUGUCAGCUGGACUGUUUUAGGUUAUAACUGAAUAUAAUUGACUUGUAUUGCCCCCCCCCCCCCCCCCCUGCUGUUUAUCAGUGUAGUUAUUAACGAACAGUAGAGGUUUACGGUGGUUUAGCCGCCAGUGUAUUAGCCCCAUUUUCAGGGAUCUUGCGCUUGAGGCUAAAACACCAUCCCUGAUUUUAGAAAGCAUUACAAGAAUUUCUUAAUUCUGUUUCAGAUAGCUUUAUUCAAUUCAGAUGAUCUUCAAAAGCUCAGCAAAACCAAAACAUAAGUAUGAGAAGUGAAACUUUUGCUACGAAAUACGAGUGGUUUCGAGUCUGUUGUUUAUAUGCAUGUUGAGUUCGUUUCUAAGUUAAUUAAUACCGUCAAAAUCUUAACGUAACUUUUCAUCCUACUUUGGAGGAAGGAUUAUUGCUUGUGUUUAACAUCUGAUAUGGGACACGACUAAAGACAAGAGAAAUUCAAAUUAUUCACGUCAAACGGUACUAAAGACGAGAAUUCAACAUCGCGCCGAAUUCGAACCUGCGAACCAGAAGACUAUUCUUAGAAUGAUGAUCGGAUCUUUAGAAUUAGGAUCUUAGAAUUUACAUUUAAAAUGUCCUCUGAAACUGCUCUGUUGUUGAGCUGCACAGAUUUAGACCUGCAAACCCUCCAUUUGAUUCAGGUAGCCCAGGCAGCCAUGGCACAGGAUGGUGUUAUUUUGCAAUUCAGUUUCGCCACAUUCGGUGAUUCCAUGCUCCAGAAGAUGGAUGCACUUCGAAAAGACCGACGUUUCUGCGAUGUCAUUGUGCACAUCAAUGACCUUGAGAUUCCUGGUCACAAAGUUGUGUUUGCUGCUGGCUCUCCUUUCCUCAGAGACCAGUUUUUCCUUCAGGACUCACAUGAAGUUGAAAUAUCAAUACCGCAGGAUGCAGAAGUUGGACGGAGACUACUACUCUCUUGCUAUACAGGGACACUCGAGUUUCCGGAGCUGGAACUGGUUCACUAUCUAACUGUCGCCAGUUUCUUACAGAUGGGCCACAUUGUGGAGCAAUGCACAAAAGCCCUGAAUAAGUUUAUUCAGCCUCAGAAAGUUGAAGAUUCCCAUCAUUCUCAUCAGACUUCCAACAUUAACACACAGCAGCAAGAGCCAACACAUAUUGAAACAGUGUUUGAUGACGAUGAAGAGGUGGAGAAUGUGAUUGAAGAUAAUAAUGAUGUCAUCAUUGAACCAAGAUCACCUCCUGUGUUUCAGAGGAAAUGCCAAGGAGAAGAGAGUCCCAUCAAUAUCAUUAAAGUGGAAUCAGUGGAUGAUAGAAUGCAGAUAUCUCAAAAUUUACAGAACGGUCCUGCACGGUCCCCUGCACAGUGUUCCCCAGAGCCCCAGCACUCACUCAUCAACUCAACCGUAGAGACGCGGUCUGCUGAGAUGACCCCUAAUGCCACGCUUGACUAUGCACUCUCCUGUCCUGGUCCGAGUGGCUCAGGGAAGGAGAAUGUGUGGAGCUGCUCUCAGAAUACUGACAAAGGCAUGCAAUGGUACCACCAGUGCCCAAAAUGUGCCCGUGUCUUCCGCCAAUUGGAGAACUAUGCCAACCACUUGAAGAUGCAUAAGCUGUUUAUGUGCCUCCUCUGUGGCAAGACGUUCACACAGAAAGGGAACCUGCACCGGCACAUGCGUGUUCAUGCCGGAAUCAAACCAUUCCAGUGCAAAAUAUGUGGCAAGACAUUCACACAGAAGUGCUCGCUGCUUGACCACUUGAACCUGCAUAGUGGCGACAAACCGCACCGCUGCAAUUACUGUGAAAUGGUGUUUGCUCACAAACCUGUCCUGCGCAAACAUCUGAAGCAGAUCCAUGGCAAAAACAGUUUUGACAAUGCCAAUGAAGGUAGCAUGCUUGAAGGGUUUUAAAUCUACUACAGUUUUCUACUAUGGCUACUAAAGACUUGUGAAAAGACUGAUGUAUUAUUAAACUGAAUUAUCCUGUAUAUAUGGAAGGUCCUGUAUGCACACUAAUGGUUAACACAUAUCCAUCAUAUGAACUCCAUUACUUGUUAUUCUGUAGUUGAUCAUUGUACUGGAUUCAACAGCUGCUGUUUUGUAAUUUUAAAUGAAUGGUUGGCUUUUCCUCUGAGGUUCAACUCAUGAUUUCACCAAGCUGGGUCCUUAAAUCCUCAUCAUCUCAGUUGUAAGUCACUUUUUAGAUAAAGGCAUCAGCUUUUCUAUACUGGAUAUAUAGUAUGUGUUUUUAGUGGGACCUCUGUGAAAUACGCAUGAAACCUCUGUCAUGUGUUUGUCUGUCUUUUCAGUGUAAAUUCAUACAUAAAUAGAACAAUUUUUCUAACUUUACAGGUGAGGUUACUGGUGAACUUGUGCUUCAUUGAAUGUCAAUUAUACAUAAAUCAGCUUAGGGUCAGUCCAUAUGAAAUCACUGGAGGCCUCCCAACUGACUAUGUCUAGUUUGUGAAAGUAUUAAAUCAAUGUUGUUAUUCCCAGUAAACACCAUACAAAAUU